CUCUCUCUCUCUCGCUCCCUCCCUCCCUCCCUCCCUCUCUCCCUUUCUCCCUCUCCUGCAUUGCUUUGUGCUCAUGGAAGUUAACACCACAACUGUUGCACCCUCAGGGCCAUUUGACCUUGCCGGAAAAAACCAUACUAACAAACACCACCUUUCAAAUUCUCAGCCCUACCACCACCACCACCAUGGAUUCUUUCUUUCAAAAUCUGUUCUCAUUGUCAUCAUACCUACCAUCUCAGUUAUGGUCAUUCUUUCUAUAAUCUUCAUCUUAUUAAUGCUUCGACGGCUCGCCAAGUCCACGAAAACAAAUGGUAACAUUUACAAAGAGACUAGCUUGAUUAAUACAAAAAGCAGGUUCAUUGCUCAAACCACAGUGGACUUAAAUUCUAGCCCAGAUGUGAAGGGUGGGUGUCUCCAAGGAGGGAAUUCUGGGAGGUCAUUUAGGGCACCUGCACUGACAACACCAAGUAGAUACAAAGGAGUCCAAGUGUUCUCAUACAAAGAACUCGAGGAAGCCACUGAUAAAUUCAGCGAGGCAAAUGUGAUAGGGCAUGGUAGGUUUGGAGUGGUGUAUAAGGGGGUCCUAAGAGAUGGGACAGUGGCAACAAUUAAGAUGCUGCGCAGGGAAGGCAGGCAAGGCGAGCGUGCCUUUAGGGUUGAGGUUGAUCUGCUAAGCCGGUUGCACUCUCCAUACUUGGUGGAGCUACUUGGCUAUUGUGCUGACCAGCACCAUAGGCUCCUCAUAUUUGAAUGCAUGCCCCAUGGUACUCUGCAACGCCAUCUGCAUCCUACAAUCAAUCAUCAGCCGUUGGAUUGGGGGACCCGAUUGAGGAUAGCCCUUGAUUGUGCCAAGGCCCUUGUGUUCCUCCAUGAACAUGCCACCCCAUCUGUUAUACACCGAGACUUCAAGUGCACCAAUGUUCUACUGGAUCAAAACUUUCGUGCCAAGGUGUCGGAUUUCGGAUUGGCCAAGAUGGGUUCUGACAAGAUCAACGGUCAGAUUUCGACGCAGGUGCUGAGGACCACGGGAUAUCUGGCACCAGAGUAUGCCUCAACUGGAAAGCUCACUACAAGAUCAGAUGUAUUCAGCUAUGGCGUGGUUCUUUUAGAACUCUUAACAGGGCGCGUGCCAAUAGACACAAAACGGCCUCCUGGAGAGCAUGUCCUUGUCUCGUGGGCUCUUCCAAGGUUAACUAACAGAGAGAAAGUAUUGGAAAUGGUUGAUCCAGUUCUUCAGGGGCAAUUCUCACAGCGGGAUCUAAUUCAGAUAGCAGCUAUUGCAGCAAUGUGUGUGCAGCCAGAAGCUGAAUAUCGGCCUCUAAUGACGGAUGUCGUACCAUCUCUAAUUCCUCUGGUUAAAAACUCCUGUUAUGGUGCUUCCUCUGGUUCGUCUAGGUUUCUGAAUCAAACACCAAGUCCAAGGUAUUAGGGUUUCCUCCAGAUAAAAAGAAAAAAAAAUGGAUUAGGGUUCAUGUGAAAACUGCAAAUUGAAGCAAAAAUGUGGAUCGAUCUUUCAUUGAGUUUAAGUACGGUUGACUCCUGAA